UCCUGCGUAGAGCUUUACACCGUCACUCCAAAUAAAACUCUUCCCCAAGGUACCCAGGAGAAUUUUGAUAGAUUUAGGUAUUUAUUUCCAUUCACAGCUUCAAAACCUUGAAAUCAUUGCCUAGACAAGUGGCUAAUUACAGUGAGAAGGAGCAGAGGAGAUUCCGAAAACAGAGAGACCAUAUUGUUUUUUGCAGGGAUCCCUUACCUUUUCCUUCCCAAAAAAAAUGCCAACCCUUACAAAACUCUUCAGCUGGCAAGAAGCAGCUGAACAUAACACGAAGGAUGACUGUUGGAUAGUCGUAGAUGGAAAGGUAUAUGAUGUAUCAGACUAUUUGGAUGAACACCCAGGUGGAGAUGAUGUACUCCUCAAAGCAGUUGGUAGAGAUGCCACUGAUGAAUUCGAUGAUGCAGGACACAGUAAAAGUGCAAUAGAUCUCAUGAAAGGAUUUUGCAUUGGGGAGGUAGACCCAACUUCUGAACCUCCUACCUCUAUCUCUGAACCAAAAUCGUUUGGUGACAAGCCAAAACCGAGCGUCACCGACAAGUUGAAGGAAGUGCAGUAUUGGGCAAUCCCAGUGGCCGUUGUUGGCAUUGCGGUGGUCGCUGGGUUGUUAUAUUGCCGUAAGAAAUGAAAACAACACAUUUUUAUUGCAGCGGCAUUAAUUUAGUGAAAUAGAACAAAUUUUGUCAUACUAGAGAUAUUAUUAUAUCUGAGAUUUCCAUCAUUAUAAACACAUAUCCUUCGUAACUUUUAAACUGCAAGAGUGAUUGAAAAAAUCCCUUGAUCAACACAUGAUUGCUACAGAGCCUUACAGU